AUGGCACGAGGACUGGCGCGCUACAAGGUGGACAUCGCCGCACUCAGCGAGACCCGAUUCUCCGAACAAGGCCAACUGGAGGAGGUGGGUGCCGGCUACACCUUCUUCUGGAGCGGUCGACCCAGGGCAGAGCGACGGGACGCGGGUGUCGCCUUCGCCAUUCGGAAAAACAUCGUGGGACGACUGCCCUGUUUGCCGCAGGGCAUCAACGAUCGCCUGAUGAGCCUCCGCCUGCCUCUCUGGGGAGGCAAAUUCGCCACCAUCGUCAGCGCCUACGCUCCGACGAUGACCAACCCCGACGCCGUCAGAGACAAAUUCUACGAGGACCUGCACGCCCUCUUGGCGACUGUGCCGAAGGCGGACAAGUUGGUUGUCCUUGGCGACUUCAACGCCCGCGUCGGCACAGACCAUACUGCCUGGAGAGGAGUGCUGGGUCCCCACGGUCUCCGCGGCUCAAACGACAAUGGUCUGCUGCUGCUCCGCACCUGCGCAGAACACCGCCUCAUCCUGACGAACACGAUCUUCUGUCUGCCGGAGCGAAAGAAGACCACUUGGAGGCAUCCUCGGUCGCGUCAGUGGCACCUGCUGGACUAUGUCCUCGUCCGGAGGCGAGAUCAGCGGGAUGUGCUGGUGACAAUGGCGAUAGCGGGUGCUGACGGGUGGACCGACCAUCGCCUCGUCAUCUCGAAGAUGCGUAUUCGCCUACAGCCUCGCAGGAGACCACAAGGUAAGCGACCCCCAGGUAAGCUGAAUGUUGCCUUGUUGUCUUUGCCCGCUCACCGUCUCCAUUUCAGCAAUGAGCUAGCUCAACGGCUAGACAACCUUCCUAUUGCUGCCGCCGACGACGCCGCCGCUGCCGAGAACGCCUCCGUGGAGAACCGCUGGCGUCAACUGCGAGACACGGUCCAGUCGACGGCACUCGCCGUCCUCGGUCGCGCUCCCCGCCAACACCAGGACUGGUUCGACGACAACGACGCCGCCAUCAGAAAUCUGCUUGCUGAGAAGAACCGCCUACACAAAGCCUACGUAGAUCACCCCACUGAUGCCACCAAAGCUGCCUUCUACCGCAGUCGCCGCCAACUUCAGCAACGACUGCGCGAGAUGCAGGACGCCUGGACUGCUCGCAAAGCUGAGGAGAUCCAAGGGUACGCGGACCGCAACGAAUGGAAGAACUUCUUCUCCGCGAUCAAAGCUGUCUACGGUCCGCCGACGAAGGGCACUGCUCCUCUCCUCAGCGCCGACGGCAACACUCUCCUGACUGAGAAGACGCAAAUCCUGCAGCGAUGGGCCGAGCAUUUUCGAGGCGUCCUCAACCGCCCCUCCGUCAUCUCCGACGCCGCCAUCGAGCGCCUGCCGCAAGUGGAGACCAACGUGGACCUCGACCUCCCGCCAUCUCUCCAGGAGACCAUCAGGGCCGUGCAGCAGCUCUCCAGCGGGAAAGCACCCGGAUCGGACGCGAUCCCUGCUGAGGUCUACAAGCACGGAGGUCCCCAACUAAUGGAUCACCUGACUGCGCUCUUCCAAGAGAUGUGGCAUCAAGGUGAAGUCCCGCAAGAUUUCAAAGACGCAACCAUCGUGCAUCUCUACAAGCGCAAAGGGAAUCGCCAAGUCUGCGACAAUCACCGCGGCAUCUCCCUGCUGAACAUCGCCGGGAAGAUCUUCGCUCGCAUCCUUCUCAACCGCCUCAAUAAUCAUCUGGAACAGGGCCUUCUGCCGGAAAGCCAAUGCGGCUUCCGUCGUCAUCGUGGGACCACGGAUAUGAUCUUCGCCGCCCGCCAACUUCAGGAGAAGUGUCAGGAGAUGCGGACCCACCUGUACUCCACCUUCGUGGACCUGACGAAGGCCUUCGACACGGUGAAUCGUGAAGGACUGUGGAAGAUCAUGCAGAAAUUCGGCUGUCCGGAGCGAUUCACUCAGAUGGUGCGUCAGCUGCACGACGGUAUGAUGGCGCGAGUCACGGACAACGGAGCUGUCUCAGAGGCAUUCGCAGUGACCAAUGGAGUGAAGAGGGCUGCGUACUGGCGCCUACCCUCUUCAGUCUUAUGUUCUCUGCCAUGCGGAUGGACGCCUACCGCGACGAACGCCCCGGGAUCCGCAUCGCCUACAGGACAGACGGUCACCUCCUGA